CAAGGCGCUGAAGUUACUGCGGAAUCGAUAAAGAGUUCAGAAUGGAAGCCAGUCAUAAACAGCUUAUUUAUCUUCGCAAUAAUCGGCCGCCGCGAGCGCUUGCGACGUGCGACAAAUCAUUCUGGGGUUUCAAGUGAGUGCAAAAGAAAAUCGGCCGUUAAUAUCACGACUAAUUACAGCCUGACAUUCGUUUCCUUGCACAAUUAAACGACUGGCGCAUAAGUUAACGCGUUUCUCGCGGGACUUAACCUCCCAGAACGACACCAAAUUGCAGAUGAUCAAUGUUGGAAGGAUGGUAUUGCAGAUCCAUUGCCAACAACAAUGCAGAUGCAGAAGAAGAAGACGAUGAAGAGAGUCCUGAGGAAGAAGUGCCUAACUAUAAGGACCAGUAUCGCAACCUCAAAAGGAAGCUAAAAUUCUUGAUUUAUGAGAAUGAGUGUUUCCAGGAAGCUCUACGUUCCACGCAAAGAAAAUUGCUCAAGGUGAAUAGGGACAAGAGUUUCCUAUUAGAUCGUCUCUUGCAAUAUGAAAAGGUAGAUGCGUCGUUCAGCGAAAGUGAUGAAACCGAAUCAUCAGAUGAGGAAGUUGUUCGUCUUGACAAUUCCAAGAGGAAAAAAGUUGAAAUGAACGUUAAUAAUCAUACUUCUCAUCAUUCGCCAAUGGUCACAAAACCACUUAGUACUAGCAAAAAGAAAAGAAAUACACCAAAAGUUGCUAAAACGAACAACACACCUAUAGUACAAUCCUCAAAUAAUAUGGUUCCGAUGUCCUUGAUGUCUGAUGGGCACAUGACACCUGAGGAAGUAGAAAGACAUUUGGAAUCUCGUCAGACAUAUCUAGAACUCGUGCCAGAGAAAGCACCACCUACAGUUCCAACAGAAAUGUUCAGUAAUGAUCCUUCCUUGGACAGCGAAUCAAAUGAAAUUGGAGAACUCGAAACAUCACCCAGUAAUAUGGGCGAAGAUUGUCUCAGUGUGGACAUGAUGGCAGAGUGACAAACAUUCGUUUAUAGUUUAAUCAUUAAUUAUAAAAUGCACAUAUAGUUACAUGGCUCUUUAAGAUUAUUUCACGCGACUAACUCAACUGUAUCCACUAUAAUAUAAUACAAAUUUUUAUACACACAA